UGGGCGUUUAACACUUGUGAAGUUGGUUCUUGGAAGCCUUCCUUUGUACCUUUUCUCUCAAUUUAAAGCUCCAAAGUCUAUUAUCAAUAUCCUUGAGAAGAUACGGAGACAGUUCUUAUGGGGCGGUAAUGAUAAAAGAAAUAAAGUUAAUUGGGUUGCAUGGAAAGUAAUUCUUGGAUCUAAAGAAAAGGGAGGUCUUGGAGUCGGAUCAUUACAAUCGCUAAACUGGGCUCUUCUUACCAAAUGGUUUUGGCGUUUCAAGAUGAAUCCUCUAUCUCUUUGGAGGUGUGUUAUCAGCGGGAUUCAUAAUCUUGACAGAAAACCUGUCAAGUCCAUGGCUAAAAAAUCUUUCACUGGUGUGUGGUACAAUAUUUAUACGGUGAUCAUGAUUUAGCUGACAUUGAAAUUGAUUUUUAUUCCAUUUUUUAUAUUCGCAUAAAGUCGGGCACGAGUACUCUCUUCUAGCGUGAUAAAUGGAUUGGGAUUUGUGGAGAUGCUCCUUAUCCUCCGAUUGGAAUUUUUGUGUUCGUGACCUCCGAAAGCUGAUUGAUUCUAAAUUGAUUGCUUGUGUUUGGUGUAGAUUAGUUCCUCUUAAAGUCAUUAUUUUCACCUGGUGGACUUGUAUGGAUCGUGUUCCUUAUACGAUUGCCCUCUCUCGUCGUGGGAUUAACGUUCCUACCACCACCUGUUAUAGUUACACGUCGGGGCUAGAUGAUACAUAUCACAUUCUUUUGGGCUGCUCGUUUGCUCAAGAUACUUUGCUCAAAAUCUUGAACUGGUGCAAGAUCUUGUUUCAACAAUUAUCUUCUGUCGCUGAGAUGGUUAAUUUUGCAGCUAAUAGGGGAAACUGCCCUAAAAAAAAGCUCCAUUUAGCCAUCUUUUAUGACUACCUUUGGUGUGUCUAGCAUGCUCAAAAUGAGAAAGUUUUCAACAACACGUGUGUCUCUUCCUCAAAACCGGUGGACAAUAUUAUUACUAUGGUGUUUAAUUAGGUUAAACAUAUGGUGAAAUAUGGAAACUGUAACAGGACUAAUUGGUGUGAUUCUCCUUUUUGUAUUAUGUUGUCGUUUUUGGCAGUGUCUCCCAAAACUAGAAAGGUUUUGUAUUUAUUGAGCAUUAAUGUCUUGCAAAUCUAAACCUCCAUUUAAAGCCCUUAUUGUCUGUAUCGAUGAUAUUUAUGAAUGAAAUGUAGUCUUUUGUCGAUUAUAUUGAUGACAUGGUUAUCUU